AAACAAAAAAAAACGCGCGCUCGAUCGAUCUCAAAGACAUGGCGGCAAUGGUGAAACCGUUUCAGCUCCUGGAAAUUAACAUAAUAUCCGCGCAGGAUCUGGAGCAGGAGUCCAAAAAAAUGCGGACCUACGCCACCGUCUGCCUGAAUCCGACGCGGCGGCUCACCACCGCCGUGGACUACGACGGAUGCAACAACCCCACGUGGAACGACAAGUUCGUGUUCCGCGUCGACGACGAGUUCCUCCAGCGGGACACCUCCGCCGUCCAAAUUGAGAUCUUCUCCGUCCGCUGGUUCCGCGACUCUCUCGUCGGGACUGUCCGUUUUCUCGUCGGUAAUCUCUUCCCUCCACCGCCCGCUCGGGGCCACCGUCAAAAUUUUGGCAUGCGUUUCGUAGCCCUUCAGGUUCGGCGGCAAUCCGGGCGUCCACAAGGGAUCCUGAACAUCGGCGUGGCAUUACUGGACAGCUCCAUGAGGAGCAUGCCAUUGUACAGACAGAUGAGCAUGUCAGCCGUCGGAUUCCGAGAUCUCCUUAUGGACGACCACCUCCACCACCCCAACAACCACGCCGCCGCCGCCCACCCGCCUCUACUCCGCCGCAUGAAAAGCGAGCGCAGCACCCUGGUGUCCUACGACGACAUCUCCCUCAACAACAGCUCUCUGGUCGCGAUCCCAAAGCCUAGGGCCGCCGCCGCUGCUGCGGAGAAGGAAAGCUCCAUCCUCAGCAUCUCCUUCGAGCCGCCGCCGCCGCCGCCUCCCCCGCUCCGGACCAAGAAGGUGGGGAAGGCCAGCUCCGUCAUCAGCGGCGCCGAGCUUCGGGAAGACAUGACGGCUAAGAACAAGCGCAAGAACGGCAAGGCGAAUUCGGUUUUGAGCGAUUCCGUUAGAGAGUCGCAUCAUCAUCACAACGAGAAGAUGAUUGAGGCGAGGGAUAGCGAGAAGAAGGCUGUUGUUGUCAGCGAGAGGCCCAACGGGCCAGGAGUGGACAGCAAUAGGCCCAAUCAGACGAGCCCGAUUUCGAAGCCCAACAUCGCGGGGCAUUACGGGAGGCCGUGGAAGGGGAACUCGAUGCUGUCAGACUCGGAGGUGGGUCCGUCGCCGUCAGAAGUGGCGGCGGCGAUGGCGGAGCGGAGGUACCCGUUGGAGGCGGCGGCGGCGGAAGGAAGCUCGGUGCUGGACGGGUGGAGCGCGGAUGAGAGCGUGGAGGGGCUACGGUCGAAGCUGGAGCGGUGGCGGGCGGAGCUGCCGCCUCUGUACGAUCGGGGGUAUGCCAGCAGCAGCUUCCAGUCGAGCAGUUACCACAUGCGGCGGCACACAGAGGGCGGCGAAAGGGACGGUAGGUUUUCCUGCUUCGGAAACAUCUUCGGGUACGAAUGCGAGUGCGUUUGUGGGCAGCCUCCGCCCCAGAAGACCAGGAACUACUUGUACAAAAGCCCAUCAGUCGGUAGUUUCCUCUAAAUGGAUGGAUAUGGGCUUAUAC